GUCUCAACUUUGUUUUGAUAGUAUACCAAACAAAAACUCAGUUGGAAUGCAAUUAUUGGAGGUUAUGCAAUGCAUGGUAAGGCCAAGGAAGCUAUUUAUUAUUUUCAUUUGAUGCAAUAGAAAGGGCACAAGCCUGAUUUCAUCAGCUUUAGUUGUCUAUUAUCUGCAUGCAACCAGGGUGGCCUUAUAGAAAAAGGUUGUCAUUUUUUUAAUAGCAUGUACAAAGACCAUGGAAUUGAAGCAAAAAUGGAGCACUAUUCCUGCAUGGUAAACCUUCUAGGUCGUUCAGGAAAGCUAGAAGAAGCGUAUGCCAUGAUCAAGCAAAUGCCAUUUGAACCACAUGCUUGCGUUUGGGGAGCUUUGCUUAGUUCUUGUAGGCUUCACAAUAACAUUCAUUUAGGCGAGAUUGCUGCAAGGAAUCUCUUUGAAUUAGAACCAAAUAAUCCUGGAAAUUAGAUCAUUCUUUCAAAUAUAUAUGCAUCUAAGGUCAUGUGGGAUAAAGUAGAUGCUGUGAGAGAUGUAAUGAGGAGUAGGAGCAUGAAGAAGAACCCUGGUUGCAGUUGGAUUGAGAUCAAGAACCGAGUGUACAUGCUUCUUGCAGGAGAUAAAUCAAAUCCACAAAUGACUGAGAUUAUUGAGAAGUUACAUGAAUUGAGCUUGGAGAUGAAGAAAGCAGGUUACCUACCGAAUACCAACUUGGUAUUGCAAGAUGUAGAUGCGCAGGACAAGGAGCAGAUCUUAUGCGGACAUAGUGAGAAGUUAGCAGUAGCCUUUGGGCUUCUGAAUACUCCUCCGGGCUCUCCACUGCAAAUAAUAAAAAAUCUCAGAAUAUGUGGUGAUUGUCAUGCGGUUAUAAAAUUUAUAUCUGGUUUUGAAGGGAGAGAAACAUAUGUCAAAGACGCAAAUCGAUUUCAUCAUUUUAAAGAUGGAGUUUGUUCCUGUGGGGAUUACUGGUGAACAAAUUUUAUGACUUAAGUUUUAGUAUGCAAGUCUUCUUUAUCUUUACUGUCGAAAAGAAUGAACCAAAUUACCAGCAAUACUUUUAUACUAGAUCAUCUUAUCUAGCAUUCUAGCUAGUAAUGGUAUUAAAUGCACC